GUCCCAUCGACCUUGUUAUAACGAGAGUUGAUUUCUCGGUAUCAGAGAUUGAAAGCAAACAGAAGGCCAUGGAAGAAUCACUGAAUUUCUCAGCAUCCACCAUCGACGAUCUGGAGUCCAAAUCCAAGAUGUUACUGGAAAGAAUGGCGAGUCGAGAACGACAAGCCAGAUGGUAGGGGCCCAGGAGAAAAUAGCUGACCUUGGGGACGCCAUUCUUUAACAAGAACGGUAUUCACGUAACUUCAAUCUACGCUUCGGUGGCAUACCAGAGUCGCAAUCAAAUGAUCCGGUCAUCCCAUUCAACCAGAUAAAAGAACUGCUAACAGAGCGAUUCGGCAUGACAGAUGUGGAGAUAGAGAAUGCCCACAGAACCGGCAAACCAUCCAAAGUUCCUGUAUCGGUCAGAAAGACAAACUGUGCUAGAUCGUGCAAAAUCCAUGAAGGUAUCUUUGGCGAAGUCUGGUAUCUUCGUGCUGAGAGACAUGCCUGCUGCUGAUGUCGCCAAGAAAAGAUCACUGCGUGACAUCAUGCAGAAGGCAUACCGAGACGGCAAGAAUCCUGUCUUCAGGAACGGGGAUCUCUACAUCAACGGGAAGAAGCACAUCCCAGUCCCUGAAUCGCCAUAGACAUUCUGGACUCAGCAGAUCCGCCACAUCUCGAUUCCUGGGAGGACCCCUAUAGAUUUCCAUGGCAUUGCAGCAGCAACCGCAGCCGCAGCAGCAGCAGCCACAGCCACAGCAGCAGCAGCAGCAGCAGAAUAUCAUCGCUGGUGUUAGACUGGAAGAACAGAUGAACACAGUGCUGUGGCAUGGCCAACUGGAAUGGCGUGAUAUUGUUCAAGGUCCCAGGGUUUUUGCAUCAGAAACUGAUGAUCAGAUCACUCGUACUCACACCUGUCACAUGAGCGUGGGUCCUAACAGCACUCUGAAUACGAAACGAUGGCCAUCCAGACUUACCAUGCAGCUAGUUCCAUAUCGGAUUCUGAAUCUUUUUAGUGCACUGAGGUCGUUAUUACAGAAUAGAUCUGAACAAGUGAGCUUCCAGUUCCCAGACCAGAGCAAUGAUCCAAAUGAGAUGAGAGCCCUUCGAAGAGUUCUGCAAAGCGAAUAUGUCUUCACUGUUCAUUUCCCAACCAAUGUUUUGUAUAACACUCGUCUCUUGAUACUGGCAUAUUCCCAACAACGGUCGGCAUUCGUUGGAUUCAUACCAAAUGACCAGACAGGAUUUAUCGACCAGUUCCGAGGGAUCAUGAGCAGAGCGAAGUCAGACAGAACACUUGGACAUUCGCCCGAAGGGGUGGGUGAGCAGUUGCAACAGCUACGGCAGCAGCAAUUUCAGCAACAGCAGCAACAGCAGCCACAACAUCUGCUGCCGCAACAGCAACAACAACAGCAUCAGCAGCAGCAACAGCUGGUGCUGCUACAACAACAGCAGCAGCAGCAGCCGCUGCCGCUACAAGAGCAGCAUCACCAGCGACAACUGGUGCCGCAACAGCAACAACAGCGGCAACAGCAACAACCUCGGCAUCAGCAGCAGCAACAGCAGCUACAGCAGCAACAGCAGGUGUUGCCACAACAGCAGCAACAGCUGCCGCCGCAACAGCAACAGCUGCCACCACAGCAGCAGCAACAGCAGCGUCGUGAAUGGCUACUGCCACAACAGCUGCUGCCACAACAGCAGUAUCAACAACAUCUGCUGCUGCCGCAACAGCCAUAUCAGCAACAUCUGCUGCCGCAACAACGUCAGCAGCAGCUGCAGCAGCAGCAGCAGCAACAGCAGCAACAGCAGCAGCUGUUGCAGCAACUGCAACAAAUGCAGCAGCAACAAUUGCAGCAGCAGCAACAGCUGCAGCAGCAGCAAUUACAGCAGCAACAGCGACAGCAAAGGCAGCAACGGCAACCGCUGCAGCAGCAGCAAAUCCAGCAGCUGCAAGAUCAGCUACAGCAGCAGCAAUUACAGCAGCAGCAAUUACAGCAGCAUCAACAGCAGCUUCAACGGGAUCAUCUGCAGCAGCAGCAAUAUCAGCAGCUGCAGCAACAGCAGCAUUGGCAACAGCAACAGGAGCAAUUGCAGCGACGGCAACAGCUUCAGCAGCAACAAUUUCAACUGCAGCAACAGCGACAACAGCAGCAGUUGCAACCACUGCAGCAGCAGCGGCCACAGCUGCAGCAGCAGCAGCGGCCACAUCUACAGCAGCAGCGACAACAGCUGCAGCAGCAGCAGUCAUUGCAGCAGCAGCCAUUGCAGCAGCAGCCAUUGCAGCAGCAGCCAUUGCAGCAGCAACAGCACUUACUGCAGGUGCAACAACAGCAACAACUGCAGCAACAAGAGCAGCGGCAGCAGGAACAAAUGAGUAAGGUGUUGUGGCAAGGGCAACUACAAUGGGGUGAGCGUCCCAAGAUGCAUGCCCCUGAAGCAAAGAUCACACGUACUCACAGGUGCCGUGUGACUGUCAGACCAGACAGCACCAUGACAGUGAAGCAAUGGCCAUCAAAACUUAUCAUGGAAUUUAUACCACAGCAACUUUUGCAAGGAUUGAGUACGUUACUGUGUAGCUCUCAACAAGUUGGCUUCCAGUUUCCUGAGCAAGGCAAUGAUUCCGAUGCUAUGACAGCUCUGAUGAAAGUCAUGCAAGGCGGUUGUACUGGUCUCGUACAUUUCUCCACCGAUGCUGCCUGCAACAUUCCUAUUUUGAUACUGACGUACUCCCAAUGCAAGUCCGUGUUCAACGGCUUUAUCCCCAGUGACCAGGCUGGAUUCAUCAUGAAGUACCAGCUGCUCAAGAAGAAACAGAAAAAGAUAAAUCAGUUGUACAGGGCGCGACAUCACAUGGGCAGUUGGCCAGACAUUCCAAACAGGGUAAAACACAGUAGCAGCAGUUACAGCAAUGACUGCAGCAACGACAGCAGCAACAGCAAUGACUGCAUGAACAGCAGCAAUGACAGCAGCGACAUCAGCAGCAUCAGCAACGACUGCAUCAACAGCAGCAAUGACAGCAGCGACAUCAGCAGCAUCGACAGUGACAGCAGCAAUAGCAGCAGUGACAGCAGCAGCCAGCUGUCAUUCAACGGCAACAGCUCCACCUCUAACAACCCCAGCAACCAAUCAUGAUGCAGCAACAUCAACAGCCAGUCUUAUCAUCGAGUACAUAAGUCAUUUCACAAGUAAACGGGAUAAACAGUAACUGAAUUGAAUAUAAUUGAAGGUUUUUAUUGUUCAUACCAUUCUGGCAGUCCAAGGACUGAAUUGCGAUGGCUUACAAUUUACAAUAUGACAGAAAUCAUUUUAAAAGGACUUUUUAUACAUAUAUCAAACACUGAAAUAUUCUAAAAAGACAUAUUUAUACAUACAUGUGCAUUAAAAAUGUAACCCCCUUAAUAACAAAGGAAUAAAGUAAUGACAAAGGAAUGCUGUUGCCACAGACUAUUUGAAAAGCUUGAGAUGGAAGGACUUGUGAUGGACAUUACUAUUCACCGUAGCUGUGGUUAUGUCAUACGCCGCUGAGGUAGAGUGGUGGAGACGACCCGCGUGACGUCACACUUCAACGGCGUAUACAACCACAGACACGGGUUACCCAGCAACAGUUGUCAUGGCAAACCACCCGUUUGUCAUAAAGUUAUGUUUGCUUGGCAAGUCAUAUAAUGUUUAAAAAGGAUUUUUUUGAGGGGGGGGGGGUACUUUAAAGAUCAGUCACAUCAAUGUGCCGGACUAUGACCACCCUUGAGGAUUCUACAUAUUUGAAAUAAUCUCAACAUCGAAAAUUAAAUAUGGGGAGGUCAUAAAACAAUCACAGUAGUAAAAAAGCUCUCCUAAAGUCCAUAAGGAAAACAGUUGGGGAAAAUUGUUGCAUCCUGAUGCCACUUUUUUGGUCAUAUAUUAUCUCUAUGAAGGUCAGUUAUUGCAAAAAUGAUGAUAAGACAUGAAUCUGGCACCGAGAUAUAUUUCCAAUUUUGUUAGAAAAUACUUUGAAAAUGCACUCAAUUUCCCACAAACUUUAUACACAACCACAGAAGUGGCGUCAGGAUGCUACAAUGUACAUUCUUUCCUAAAACCGGAAAGGUACACAAACAUUUUCAAGUUUAUUCAACAUUCUUACUUACAGAUUUUCAAAAAACUUGAAUAGAAAAUCCGUUCUUUUGUUGGUUACUGACAGAAGCAGUAGGCCAAUAUCCACUGCGUUUUGAAAACAAUAAAAUCUACCUAAAAAGUAAGUAUAUUGACUGUCAGAUUUCACUGUAAAUUGGGGCAAUCAGGUGUAUUUCCCAAUUGUAAUUGGAAGAGUUACUGUUUUUCAAGCAUCAUUUCAGUGUUCCAAAUCGUUAGAUAGUUUCGUUUAUUUUGCCCAGAGUAAACUACAAAUUAUUGAUUAAAUCCCUGUAUAACAGGAUACGUACACAGCAGCUGAUAUAAAUUUACCUUUUAUUUUCAAAUGAAAAAAAAGAGUUUUAUUUGUUCUUAAAUUGAAUACGAAAAGUAUAGUCUUUCUUCAUCUUUAUACGGUGUAUUUUUACUAUAUAUUGUGUAAACCGUUUCACUACACAAAUCAGUUGGAAUAAAUACCCAGAGUACUGAGGCAAACGAA